CGUUUGGUGGCGAUUGGCGGCCCUGAAAAUUGACAGUAGUGUUUUGCACUUAUAAAAAAUAGUGGAAAAAUGGCAAAAUUUCUCGGAAUUGACAAAGUUUUCUCAGUCCUGAACAUAAUUAAAGAGAAUGGGGGCCUUCGAGCCUCGCUGUAUAAAAUGUUCAGAAUGGACGAAUUAAAAGUAGGCACAUUAGUAGGAACUGAUAAAUACGGGAAUAAAUAUUACGAAAACAAGCGAUUUUUCUAUGGGAGAAACCGAUGGAUUGAGUAUGCUCCAUAUUAUUAUUUGGACUAUGAUGGUAGUCAGGUACCAGCCGAGUGGUACGGUUGGUUGCACUACAAAACUGACUUGACCCCAGACCAGGAACCCUUCAGGCCUAAGUACAAGUGGAUGUUGGACCAUACAGAGAAUAUGAGUGGCACAUCGGGGCAGUACAUGCCAUAUUCUACGACCAGGCCGAAGAUAGAGGCCUGGAUCCCGCCAAAAAAAUGUUAACUUGUUAAAUUGUGUAAUAAAGUGUGUAAUUAGAUGUUA